AUGAGCAGCAACGGCAGCGCAGUGGGCCAGUUCCUCUGGAGCGGGCCGCUGUGCGUUGACUGGAGGCAGGACCAGGAAGGGGCUGUCUACCACCUGGCCACCUGCCUCCUGCUCCUGGGCUUCAUGGGGGGCAGCGGGGUGUAUGGGUGCUUCUACCUCUUUGGCUUCCUGGGCACAGGCUACCUGUGCUGUGUGCUGUGGGGCUGGUUUGACGCCUGCGGCCUAGACAUCGUCCUCUGGAGCGUGCUGCUAGCGACUGCCUGCGUGCUCCAGCUGGCACACCUGGUGUAUUGCCUGCGCGAGGACACCCUCCCCGAGGAGUUCGAGCUCCUCUACAAGACGCUGUGCCUGCCCCUGCAGGUACCCCUGCCAGCGUACAAGGAGAUCGUUCGCUGCUGUGAGGAGCAAGUCUUGACUCUGGACACGGAGCAGACCUACGCCGUGGAGGGCGAGACGCCCAUCGACCGCCUGUCCCUGCUGCUUUCUGGCCGGGUUCGUGUGAGCCAGGACGGGCAGUUUCUGCACUACAUCUUUCCUUACCAGUUCAUGGACUCUCCCGAGUGGGAAUCGCUACAUCCCUCUGCGGAGGGGGUCUUCCAGGUCACUCUGACAGCCGAGACUGAAUGUAGCUAUAUUUCCUGGCCCCGGAAAAGUCUCCACCUCCUUCUGGCCAAACAGCGAUACAUCUCUCGCCUCUUCUCGGCCCUGCUGGGCUAUGACAUCUCGGAGAAGCUCUACGCUCUCAAUGACAAGCUCUUUGCUAAGUUUGGGCUGCGCUUCGACAUCCGUCUCCCCAGCCUCUACCACGUCUUAGGUCCUGCUGCCACAGAUGCAGGACCAGAGUCUCAGAAGGAUGACAAGGACGUCCGUGAGCCUGCCGCAUCCCUCUCUCCUCAGGCCCUGCCCACAUCUGUCCAGCAAACACCCCCUAGCUCCCCACCUCCAGCGGCCACCAACCCUCCUGCACCUCCUCCCUGGGUCAGGAUGUCCAGGCCCGACAGCAGCGUCCUGGGUGAGGACUCUACCAGUCUGGUGCUGGAGGAUUUUGAGGAGGUGUCGGGAUCAGAAUCGUUCAUGGAUUAUCAGAGUGAUGGGGAGUACAUGAGGUGA